UGAUGUCGUCACGUGACCCUGGCUACCAUGCAGCCGAGCCGCCCUAGCAUAACAGGUCAAUAACAGAAAAGAAAGAACAGCUGCAGCGGCUAAAUGUGCAUAUAAUCCCCGGUUUCCUUCGCGGGAACAGCGCAAAGAAAUGAGUGAAAACAGCUCACGAGUGACCCUCGGCUGCGUCUCAGUGACCGUGCCUCUCCAGUUGUGACCGCCGAGCAGGGGAGCAGUCGCAGUGACGAGCGGCCAUGUUUCCUUUCGGCCGCGAGGCAGAGACCUCGCUUCAGGACCUGUUUGGGUAUUUCAAGAGGUGCCUGCGGCACGGAGAAUGGGAGCUGGCCAACGCCUGUGUGCCACAGCUGGUCCGCUCGACGCUUUCAGAGAGCCUGCGAGACAUUAUCAAAGCUAUCGUCUGCCAUCCGUACAAUUUAAAAUGGGAGUCUGUGGGCAGUCCACACAGACUGGCUUGGUUUUGGCUUCAGGUUUUGGAGAAGUGGACAGAAGAGAAGGUUUCUCUCGAUGUCAGAGGAGAGCUGGAGUUCCUGCUGCUCCUGGAGGAUCUGGGUUCAGAGGGCAUAACAGAGACUAUUGUCAAGCAGGAGUUGCACCAGACCUACCUGAGCACCCAUCCCGACCAGAAGGCUGCAGAUGCUGCUGUGGAGUCCUGCCUCCGAACCUUGUUGGAGAAGAAGAAGCCCAGGCUUGCCCAGACGUUAGCACAUUUCCUACAGGACCAGUCGUCCACAGAGGACCACACCCUGCAACAGACGUUCAUCCAGCACCUGAUGAAGAAACUAGCGAGGCCCGAGAGGAGGCCCGAGAAGGUGGAGGAGUGGGUGGAGGAGAUCUACGCAGUGUUGGCCGCGAUGCCGUGGAGCUCCCGCGGAAGCGGCGGGCCGUUUCAGGCGCUGUGCGAGGCGCUGUGGGCGGCCAGAGACGGACCCCUGAGAGAGGAGAGGAUCCUGGGCUCGCUGCUCCGCCCUCGGUGCGACGCGCUCGUCUCUCUGUACUGCUCCACGGCUCUGAGGCUGCAGAGGGAUCAUCUGCUGAGGAGCACGCCUGACACGCAAGUGGACCUCCCGGAAGCAGAGAAGCUGGCUCUCAGUUUAUGUUGCCACAAGGAUCGUCCAUCCACUUGGAAGACCAUCUACUUUGAGUGCCUUAGUAGCGGGAAGCACUUCCUGGAGCAGGUCUUGGUCACCGCACUUGACCUGAUUAAGCACGAGGAGUUUGCUCAGCUGAGAGACUUGGUGCAGCUGGAGUUCCAGCCCCUGUCUCGUCUGCUGCUGCUGCUGGGCUGGACUCAGUGUAACAGUCUGAGCUCGGCUCGACAGCUGCUCCGCGUCCUUCACCGCGAGCAGGCACCAGCCAGUGACUGUGUUCUGCAGGAGUUUGCCAACCUUUUGACCUCUCAGCUUGGAAUACUUGAAUGGUGUAAAAGCAACAAUCCAGGCAUUUCCAUGGAGGCGCUGCUGACGCAGCUCCACACUCUGGAUAAUCACUCGGCUCUCUACGUCCUGCAUUCUCUGACUCCUCUGCCUCAGUUUGAAGAGCGCAGGAUACUGGACCUGCUGCAGCAACAGCCAAAUACACCGGGAACAGAGGACGCCGAGGCCAUCGGUACGCUCAGCCCUGGUUUACAGAGGAACGUGGUUUUGUUUCAGGGGUUCUGCGCCAUGAAGUAUGCCAUCUAUGCCCUUUGCGUAAACGCACAUAAACACUCAAAUUGCACAGAGUGUGAGUCCGAGCGGCAGAAAGAGCACCAGGAAACAGACCAAAAUCAAACCUCGACUUCCUCAGAAGAUUGCCAUAUGCAGUUCCAGCACUACCUGUCAGAAUGCCAGCUCUAUCUGGAGGCUGUGCCAGCCAUGUUCCGCUUGGAGCUCCUGGAGAACAUCUUCUCCCUCCUCUUUCUGUCCACCGCCGACUUUACGCUGCAGACUCAAAGAGACGCAAAAUUAACUCAGAACACAGGGAAUGCCUUUCAAGACGGUUCAUCAGAUACAAGGAACACAAAUGUGGAAGCAGGAGCCAAAGCAAAGAGAGAUGAGACUGAUCACUGCAGGAAAGAGAGCCGGAAGCUGCGCGCAAGCUCACCGACGGCAUCCUACCGUAGCCACUUGGACCUGGGUCACUUCAUCCAGGGCUGCAGGGGUUUUCUGGUCGACGUGACCGCCAUGGAGGGUUUUCUGAGGCUGCUGAAAGAAGGGCUGGAGGGCAUGUGCGUGGUGAGUCAGCAGGAGGGGCAGGAGGAGGGACGAGCGCUGCCUCGAGAGGCCGAGGUGGCGGAGAGUCUCGGCUGCUCGCUGACGGCGGAGACGUUCGGCGCUCGACUGCAGAGGUUGUCCAAACGCACCGCGGAGGCUCAGUGGCGACUGCAGAUCAUCACCAGCAACCAGGGCAGUGGAAGUGGCUCUGAAGGCCACCUCCACAUGUCACCGGUCGGCUCUACUGCCACUUCUUCGGGACGCAGUAACGGCUCGAGUCUGAGGAGGAGGAAGAGACCGGGGAGGCAUGUUACGGAGAGACAGACCUCUACAGAGAAACACAACGGAGAAGUUAACACAAGUGCAUCAGGAGGGCCAGUGACGGGUUGUGCAGAACUGGAGGUUUGUCCUUGCGGAGGUCCUCACAGCUGGCUGGUCGCGGCCAUGUUGUCCCCUCCAGAGUCUCUGCUGAUGUCCUGCAUCCGCCGCGGAAACUUCAUGGAGGCCCGUCAGGUGUCUCUGGUGUUCGAUCUCGGGGCGUCGCCCUGUUGCGGCGAGUUGGUGUUCAUGGAGCGCUACAAAGAAGUUCUGGUGGAGUUGGGCCGGGUGGAGCAGAAGUUUGAGACCCAGCCCCUGUCCCCGUCGUCAUCGUCCUCCUCGGAGGGCUUGGGGUCCACGACCGUGUCGGGCCCGGGGAGGGCUCGGCUGGGCAGCAGUGGGAUGUCGACGCUGCAGGCCAUCGGAAGUGCUGCUGCUGCAGGCGUGGCUUUCUACUCCGUGUCCGACAUCGCAGACCGUCUCCUCAGCACCCCGUCUCACCCGAUGCCCUCGCUGGAGGAAGACUACUGGCUGAGCUGCUGCUGCUCCUCGGACCCCUCAGAGCUGCUCUCCACGCUGCUGCAGGAGCUCAGCCCAGCGGCCAUGGCUGCCUUUGACCUGGCCUGCUGCCACUGUCAGCUUUGGAAGACGUCCCGGCAGCUGCUGGACACGGCAGAGCGCAGGCACAACAGCAGCCUGGAGACCCGAGGAGUCAGAGUUGACCCGAAAGUUCCUCAUCCUGAGGGGAUCUGUGGAUUUCCAGCGGUUUUACAAAAGAUCAGCAAAAUCCUCAGUCAUUAUGCAACUAAUAAGGGCUCCGUCAAAACAGACGCUGUCAUGGAGGACCAGGUGUUUGCCAGCCCAUUCGGUUGCUGCGUUCAGGAAGUGCUCCUGUGUUGCCACCCAACGCUGAGCGAGGAGUGCAUCGCUGCUCGCCUCGGUCUGGCCCAGCGCCUGGAGACCACGCUGCACGUGCUGAGCACCGCUACAGACGGCACAGAGGGCAGUGUGGGCAACGCUCUCCUGCCGCUACUCGUCGAACAGGCCGGCCUGAAGCAGUCGGAGCUCGACACUCACCCUGUGCGCACCAACAUGAAACAGCUGCUUCGUUCUCUGGACCAGCUCUGCCCCUUCGAGCCAGACGGAGACCUCGCCAGGCCGGAUUACGUUCGCAGUUUCCUCGACUACGUCAACACUCUGGCGUCCGUGCUGGUGCGCAGCCUUUCUUCCGAAGACCUGAGCGGUGAUGUGAAACUCGGGAAUCCGCUGCUGGUGUUGCUCCAAGCCCCAUUUCAGCUCCUCUCCCACCUGCUAUUUGACAGACAGGUGUCUCCUGACAGAGUUCUGUCCUUGCUGCAGCAGGAAGGUCUGCGACUGAGUGUCCAGCAGGUGAUUGUCCAGCGAUGCUGUGAGACUUUACCCUUGUGGCUCUCCGGUCCUGUUGCUGAACCAGACUCCGAUCAGGCCAAAAAAGACGAUGGAGCGUUCAGCGUUGCCAGCUUGUCUGUGCUGCUCCAACAGCACGCUCACGAGCACAUGCCCACUCUGGGAAUCACAGAAACUCCCACGGGCGCUUCUCAGUCUGACACGAGCUCGGACUCUGAGGACUCGGCGGACCACCACUCUGCUCCACCGACCAAUCUCUCCUCCUCGCCUCCCUCUCAUCCACCCUCCUCUUCAUCGACCUCUUUUCUCCUCACUCCGUCAGCCCUGUCUUUCCUCAAGUCUCGCUCUCUGCUACUGGCCACGCUGGCGUGUCUGAGUGCAUGUAAAGGAGAAACCGCCCGAACGCAAUCCUCCGGGUGGUCUGGUUAUUUUCGCAGCGGACGUAAAGAAGCUGUCCUGGACGGUGAGCAGAUCUCUCGGGAAGCAGACAACCUGCUGAAAGAGUUCCCCAUCCUCUGGGCCUACCUGCACUCCAUGGCUGAGCCGGUGCUGGGCAGCCCGUUGGGCGAGGGCGAGGGAGGCUCUGCCGGACUCGGGGCGGUUGUUUGCGGGAAACCUCUUGUUGCUCUCCUGCUGUCUGGACCACAAGAAGAGGUUGCCCAAGCUGUGGCUGCCGAGGCCUUUCAGAAGGCCCUUAACUCCAGAGACCUGGCCCGAGCUCUGAGCCUGCUGGAGCUCUACGGGCAAGGUAGUAGCCAGGAGGGGGCGCUAAGAGACCAGCUGCUUGCCUGUGCUGCUUUAGAGGAUGGAGUUGCAGGUCCAGGUCAACUGUUCCGCGUACAGGACGGGAACCUGCGAGCGCGAGUCGCCCUCCACGCUCUGGAGCGUUGGCCUCUGUCCUCCUGCCUGGAGCUGCUCGAGUUCUGCCUCAACGACCCAGACACGGCAGCCGCACUCAGAAUGGACUUGGAGCUCAAGAAGAAAGAACUGGACAUCUAUCGCCUGAUGUUGAAUUUACAACCUCCGCUGCCCUGUGCCACGUGGCAGGAGCUAAGGGCCGAGUCUGAGACAAACGCAGAGUCCAUAAUGUCCAAGAUGCUGGAGGCAAAAGAGUUUGCUCUUUGUGCACAGUGGUUGGAGCUGUAUCCUGUGUCCGACCAGCUGAGACUGAAGCUAACAACUGAGCAUUUGCUUCAUCUGCUGGAGAAGGGACAGACAGACGAGGCUUUUCAGUUGCUCGAGGGCCUCUCUGAUUCUGCGGUCGGCCUGGACAUUUGCGAGCUCGCUCUGGACCGCUGCCCCGGACUGGCUGCUUGUCACUUCCUGGCCGACUACCUCACGCUGCACUUUCAGAGGCAGGUGUCCGAGGAGCGUCGGCGACACAUCCACGCUCUUCAUCUGGGCUCUAAGGUGCUGCUGACUCUGCCCCCGUCAGCCAGGCAGGACUAUUUCCCGCUGCUGUCGGAGCCCCUGCUGAUGCUCGAGCAGCUGCUGAUGAACCUGAAGGUGGACUGGGCCGACGUGGCGGUGCGAACCCUCCAGAGUCUCCUGGUCGGUCAGGAGGCCGGCUUCGGUGCCGCGGACAUCGAUAGGCUUCUGGCCGACUACGCAUGCAACGCCCUCGACUUCUCCUGUGCCCCCAGAGAGCGCACGAGAUCCGACUCUGUAAUCAGCCUCCAGGACGCGCUGACGCAGUGUCCGGCUCCAGACAGCUGCUCCCAAUCGUCCAGUCGAAUUGAAUCUCCAACAACCUCUUUGAGCAGCACCCCUACACACACAUCCUCCACGAACAGCACGGACAGGGAGAAAGAUCGGAGCUCAGCGGGCAGGAAACGUCGCUCGCCCGCCAAGUUCCAGCCUCCGGACCAACCCCCAGCCUGUAAAGACUGGGUCCCCGACACCCAGCAGCACGUGUGCAUGGUCUGCCGGCGCGAGAGGUUCACCAUGUUCAACAGACGGCAUCAUUGUCGGAGAUGUGGCCGCCUGGUUUGUCACGCGUGUUCUGAGCGCAAGAUGCCUGUGGAGGGAUGCCCAGGAGAAGAAGUCAGAGUCUGUGACCAGUGUUACGCCUACUUUCACCCAGAUUCUGAUGAUGAGCUGGAACCAGCUGAAGUGGCUGGUAUCACUGUGGUGACGGAGGACGCUUUGGACGGGAUGCUGCAUCUGCCUGAAGUGGUCCAGCGACAGAUCCAACUGAGCACAAACGCUGCCGAGAACCAGCUGCUGCGGAGCCAGUUCUACUACGAACAGGCUCCCAGCGCGUACCUCUGCGUGGCCAUUUUGUCCCUGCACAGCGACCAAACGGCCUGUGGCCAUCAGCUCAUCGUCCACUGCCGCUCUCUGUCCUGUAAGCUGACCAACCCGGAGGUGGACGCCUGCCUCCUGACCGACGUCAUGCGCCAGCUGCUCUUCAGCGCCAAGCUGAUGUUCGUCAAGGUCGGGCGCAGCCAGGAUCUCGCCUUGUGUGACAGUUACAUCAGUAAAGUCGACGUGCUGAAGAUUCUUGUGACGGCCAAUUACAAAUAUAUUCCCUCCCUGGAUGACAUUCUGGAGACCUCUGCCGUCACGCGGCUUCGUAAUCAGCUGCUUGAGGCCGAGUACUACCAGCUGGCAGUGGAGGUAUCGACCAAGAGUGGUCUGGACCCAAGUGGCGUGUGGCAAGCCUGGGGGGUGGCCUCUCUGAAGGCAGGGAACCUCCCGGGGGCGAGGGAGAAGUUCUGCCGUUGCCUGAAAGCUCCGGUCGACCGAAACCAGCUAAACCAGGGUCCAUUACUGCUGCAGGAGAUCGUCCAGCACCUGGAGACCGUCGUGCGACCCACUGUGACUACGUCGGUCGGCGAGGACAUCCUGGCAUCCCUGCGGGAGCUGGAGGAGGCUCUGAGUGAUGCGGGUCCUCUUGAGCGACCCGAGGGACAAACGCUGAGCAGCGGCCUCGACCCGGAGUGUCUGUUCUACCUGAGCACGUACGGCACUCACCUCGCGCUCAUCAGCUUCUACAUGCGUCACGACUGCAUGACGGAGGCCCUGACUUACCUGCUCAGCAAGGAUUUCCCAGAAGAGGUGUUCCUCGAGGGCGUGUUGCAGCCCAGCCUGGAGCGGGGGCGUCUCGGCGCGCUGCAGGGGACCCUAGAAAAACUGGACCCCGGCCUGGAGGCAUGCAGCCGCUACCUCAUCGCCUCCUGCCAGUUCCUGCAGCGGCGUGGAUACUUCAACACUCUCUACCAACUCCAACAGUUCAUGACGGAUCACGUUCGUGCAGCCAUGACCUGCAUCCGCUUCUUCACACAUGGAGCGAGUUCAUACCUGCAGCUGGGAGAACAGCAGCGUUGGUUGGUCAGAGCCAAAGAGCACCUGAGGACAUACCUUCAGGAGCAGCAAGGUCGAGGCACUGGGAGGAGAAAAUCUCAGGUCAACUCAUUCAGGAAGAUGAUGUCGUCCAGUGAUAUUUCCAGGCACAUGAACACAAUUGAGCUCCAGCUGGAGGUGACCCGUUUCCUCCAUCGCUGUGAGACCGCUGCCUCCUCCAAGGCUCCACAGACCAGUUCACCUUCCUCCAAGUCCCCUGGGUCCAAUCCACCACCCACACUGUUUGGGGGAAGUCCUAUGAAGGUUGAGGUAGCCUGUAAGGUCAUGCUCGGAGGAAAAAACAUAGAAGAGGGGUUUGGCAUUGCUUACAGAGUCAUACAGGACUUCCAGCUGGAGGCGCAGGCCGUCUACACGCGGGCCGGUCAAAGGCUCGUCAGACAGCGGCAGUACGGAGCCGUGCGGCAGCUGCUCAAAUGUGUGGCCGAAUCGGGCACCGCCACCAAAAACGACUGCGACGCCCUCAUCCUCAGCUGCGUCUCCAUUGCGGACAAGGCGCCGUCUGACGCGAAGGAGCUGGAAAGUCUCAUCCUGGAAACCAAGAGCACAGAAAGCAAGAUCAAAGCCUACCUGCUGUGCAGUAAGCUGCGGCCGGCGUACCUGCUCGCGGUCAAGCUGGAGUCGAGCCGGGCCGGCCCUUUGGUCCAGGACGUCCUUCAGGCCGCCGAGGGGGCGCAGGACUCUGUGAUGCAAAACAUCUGUCGCCAGUGGCUGUCCGAACACCUCAACAAGUCAUCUCAGCAGCGCAAGGGCCGACCCACUGCCAGGUAACGGCACGGUCGGCACAACGGGGGAAUUACACGGAGCACUUACACUUAAAAAAAACAAACAGGUAAACCUGCAAAUGAAUUGCAGUAAAAUGAUCCAGGGUUUUUUCUGAUAUGAAAUGUGUGGCUGGUGUGGGAUCAGUAAACUUUCAGAUCUAUAUGACACACAUGCACAUUGUAUGUAACAGGAGAGCUGCACAUAUUAGAUGUUAUGUAAACAACACAUUACAUCUAAUAUCUGCUGCAGAUUAUGGUGGAUUAUGAUUAAUAAAGCACCCUUUAGAUAAAACAUGAGAUUAAUAAAGAAUAAACCCCUUAUGAGAGACAGGCCAGUCAAGUAGGUCAUCUGUUAUAUGAUGAUGAGUUCAGAGACACCAUGUCCCCCCACUUGUUCUUUGGCUCCAGGUGUCAUAUUAACACAAACAUAAACUGUGCUAGGAUAUAAUCAGAAAUUUUUGGAAGCAUCACUUAAAAAUUCCCUGUAAAUGUUUUUCUUACCUCCGGUAGUUUUAACUCUGACCUUACUGCAGGGGUUGUUCAGGUGUUAUAAUCCGGUUGCUCCUGGAACCUGUUACAUAACUGUUAGUGUGUGAUUGUCUGUGCAACAAAACACGCUUGUGACCGCGCCCGUCCCACAUACCGGAGGUGACACAGACAAAACACGCAGAACCGGAGGGAGAGAGGUCAGUGAAACACUGAAACUGUGUUUUAUGUCAAUAUUUCAGAGGAAACAUCUAAAAAAAAUCACCAAUGUGCUUUAUUUACAUUCUGGACAUAUUUUUUUGCCGUUAUCUGUCAUCUGUGCAGAGGGAACAGUGCUCCUGCAGUGGAAUGAGUCUCUUACACAAUAUAAGCAUAUCUGUACAGUAAGUCAGUGUUUGACUAAGGUUUGUCUGUUACCUCAACCUUAAAGGGAAAAUAUCUUUGACGUGUCACGUGAAGGUCUUUUUAUUUUCAUUCCCCCCCAUAUUUCAUGUGUAUCGUAAAUGUAAUGAAGUGUCCCCCGCCAAGAACCGCACAUGUUGUCAGUGAAACGAUGUCGUCUUGUUUUUGUAAUUCCAAUGAAGCUGUUCACUUGUUUUACAUUGUAUAGCACCUUUUCUGUCGGGCUUUCAGCAAACACUCCCUUUAGAUAAGGGAAAUUAAUGUCAAGGGCAUUUUAGUUAAGACAUUUACAAAAAAAAUGCAAAAGAGUUUUAGGUUGGAUACAGAAAGGGACCCACUUACAGAUCAGGUUUAAUUCAUUAUACAUUACAUCAACUCUCUAGUGAUGAGUUAUGUCUCUGAGUGGAUGUUUUUUUUUUAUGUCAUCCUGUGUUUUGGUUAUGAUUACAUCAGUGUUGCUAAUUUUGAAUUAUGCAUUGUUGUCAUGGGAGACACGACCCAUAUCUUACUGAAUGAGUCAUAAUGAUUAACUUACCCAGAUAAUGAGUCAAAUAAUCUUGCGAAAAAAGGGAUCGAACUGUGGUCACAUGUUAUCUGCCGAUGUGUAUUGUUGUUGUUUUUGCCUGCUUCGCUCACCUGGAAACGGAAAACAACGUAAACGUAGUGACACCGUAAAUCUUUUCAUUCACCUAAUUCACGACAAUCACCCGUGUUGCUGAAGCUGCCUUGUCAAGAAUGUGUGUUUUAAGCUUUUCUGAUCACAUGGUCUCGAAGUACAUGUUAACCCAGAGGAGACACUGUGACGUCCCUUUGCCUCGCUUCCCUCUGCUGCAAUAGUCUGAAGACUUCCUGUGAAUAUUGGGUGUCGAUUGGUGAGAGCUGAAAAACGAAGCCAGUUUAGACCUUUUGAGAUGAAACGCAUACAAACAUUCUUGCACUCGAGUCCUCCUCAACUUGGACUGUUGUCUCAUCACUGCCGCACUUUAUAUUAGUGAGUAUGGAAAAAAAACUUUCAAAUAUUUAAUAAAGUAACUGCUUCAAUGAUGCAGGAACUAAUGAUUUCUGAAAUGUUUUGACACCCUUUGUGAAAUAAAGAAAAUUGAAUUGAAAAUUGAAAUAAUAAAAGAAAUGUAAUAGAAAA